CUCGCACAUGACGACGCCGAGCUCAAUGCAACAACCGUGUUGGAGUCGGCGGCCGUGUCUUUGCCCAGCUGUGAACGCGUUUGUCAGUGCAAGCUUGCCCGUGAACCGCGGUGCUAUCGCUCGUGAUCAAGCAUGCGACGCCUUUCUUCGCUCAGCGGAGUUGUGCAAGUACUUCAUGCCCUGGACAUGAUGCUUCCUUCCCCUGUUACUUACUCGGUCCAUGUGGCUUCGGGCGAAGCCAGCGCACGGUCGUCGUCUUCCGGUCAGUCAGAAUCACCUCGGGCGCCGAAUUAUAGCGCUUGAAGCACUCAUUUGCCACACGCGUAUUGGUUCGUGAGGCACAGCGAUAGCCAAUGGUACGGUAUAGCUCCCUCGUCCCGAGGACGAUCAAUUCAACGGGCAAGGCUCACUCGUGAGCCCCGCUUCAGUCAUUUCCCCGAUCAUCGUCCUCGAUAUUCUCAAAGCGGCGAAAGAACCAAAUCGUGAAAUCAUGUUGCAUGCUUACGGAACAAUCCAGCUUCGCGCCGAAGUGUUUCAUCGCUAACGUGAUGAACUCGUAUAAAUACGGGACCUCCAGCGCGUCCUUUCAUUCACCACAACAGCUCCACAGU